AUGGCGCAGGCUGAUAUGAUGGCGCAGGCUGAUAUGAUGGCGCAGGCUGAUAUGAUGGCGCAGGCUGAUAUGAUGGCGCAGGCUGAUAUGAUGGCGCAGGCUGAUAUGAUGGCGCAGGCUGAUAUGAUGGCGCAGGCUGAUAUGAUGGCGCAGGCUGAUAUGAUGGCGCAGGCUGAUAUGAUGGCGCAGGCUGAUAUGAUGGCGCAGGCUGAUAUGAUGGCGCAGGCUGAUAUGAUGGCGCAGGCUGAUAUGAUGGCGCAGGCUGAUAUGAUGGCGCAGGCUGAUAUGAUGGCGCAGGCUGAUAUGAUGGCGCAGGCUGAUAUGAUUUUCUGUGGGGGAACGUCGGGAGUUGCACAGGCCAAUAGGAUGCCCUGCAAUGCGGUGGGUGGCCAGGGCUGGUUGUGGGGAGGUGGGAGAGGGAAGAAAGGGAAGGGGGGGGCACAUGAUACAAAGCACGUGUCUCAAGAGGCCGCUCCGCUGUAA